AUGCCGAACAUUCUCUGCGGACCGGUUUUUGAGAGUCUCCAGCCGACCCAAACUUUCGGCGAACAAACGUUUCGGCUUUUUUAUCUGAUGGUGGAAAAAAUUAUGGCAGUGAAGGAGGAAGAAGAGAGAGCUAGGAAGGCAGCCGAGGAUAUUGAAAUCAAUGAAGCAUUUGACUUAAUGGACACACAUGGGCAUAAGAUAAUUAGCACAAGAGAUUUUAAAUUUGCAAUAAAGGCGUUGGGAUUGGAACUGCCUCGAGAUCAAUAUAUACAAUUACUAUCUAGAAUGGAAAGAGACCAAAAUGGUUUUAUAAAAAAGGAAAUAUUUAUUGAAGAAAUGCGUAAAGUAUUACCAAAAAGAGAUGUUAAGAUUGACAUGAUUAAAGCUUUUCAAUUGAUUGAUGAAGAUGACACAGGAAAAAUAGAUUUUAACAAUUUAAAGAAUGUUGCUACUAUACUAGGAGAGCAAGUAUCCGAUGAGGAAAUUAUCAAUAUGUUAAAUGCUGCAGAUGAAGAUGGAGAUGGACAAGUGAACCUUACUGAGUUUAUGAGGAUCAUAGAUAGAGCUAGAAAAGUGUUAUAG